AUGUCUACGACAACAGCUACGACCAGCUGUAAACUAUUUGACCACGCAACCAUAAUCACCGUCAAUGGACGGCGCGAGGUAAUUCGCGACGGGUACAUCCGGAUCGAUGGCGACCGAAUUACAUCGGUCGGUAAGUGCCCAUACUUGGGAGAGCUACCCUUAGAUGCAGAGAGAAUUGAUUGCGACGGGAAGAUAAUCAUUCCGGGGUUGAUCAAUACCCAUGCUCAUCUGGUCCAAUCUCUUCUUCGAGGACUGGCCGAGGAUCUGCCAUUACAUGGAUGGCUAUGCGACGCGAUCUGGCCCCUAGAAGCCUCUUUUCAAGGGGAUGAUGGUGUUCGAGCUGCACGCCUGACUAUGGCUGAAAUGUUAAAGACCGGGACAACUUGCUUCCUGGAUCCAAUGUUGACAUAUCGUGCCGGGUUUGAUGCGAUUUGCGAAGUGGCUGGCGAGAUGGGAAUCAGAGGGUGCCUGGGCAAACUGGUCAAGUUCACCGAGACAAAUCGACAAUUGUCAAUCACCGACCCGAGAGACCGUGAUCUUCUCGCAAUGUCUAUCCCGGAACUUUUAAAAGCACACCAGUCACACCAUAAUAGCCACGGGGGCCGGGUUCAAGUAUGGGCAGCCGCCGGUACACCACGCGGCACAUCAAUCUCUCACUAUCUCAAACUGGGCGAGACGUGUGCCAGGCAUGGAAUAUCAGCGACAAUGCAUUGUGCCGAAGCCCCACGAGACCGAAAGAUCUACCGAGAUACCUAUCAGUGCAGCGCCAUGGAAUUCAUUCGGGACGCAAAGCUGUGCGGACAAAAGACACCGUCAGAUCAAGGCUUGGAUCAGCUUUCCCAUCGACUGGUGUUAGCACACAUGGUCAACCUAGACGAGCAUAUCGACAUCCCGUUACUGGCCAGUACUCAAACCUCGGUGGCUCACAACCCGAGUUCCAAUCUCAAACUGGCAUCUGGCGUGGCCCCAGUCCCGUCCAUGCUUUCAGCACCAUCGCCAGUGAAUGUGUCGCUGGGCACUGAUGGUGCGCCUUGCUCCAACCACUAUGACAUGUUCCAAGAAAUGCAUCUGGCUGGGAUUCUUCACAAAGGCGUUCAGCAGGAUGCAAGUCUCAUUCCUGCUGAGGUUGCCUUGGAGAUGGCAACCAUCAAUGGAGCAAAGGCGUUGGGCCUUGAGCAUGAGAUUGGGAGUCUGGAAGAAGGGAAAAAGGCCGACUUUGUGGUGGUGGAUCCGUAUGGGGCUGGUGGACUUGGGGCCGUGCCGUGGAGCAGUCGAUCCUCAAGCAGUGCGGUCAGCCCCGUCACCACGGUUGUUCAUGGAUGUACCGGUCGCGAUGUUGAUAUGACGGUGGUGAAUGGAGUCAUCUUGGUCAGGGAUGGCAGGCUUGUGCGAGGAGGCCGGUCAGAGGAGAUGAAGAUUAUUCAUAUGGCGCAAGAGGCUGUCGAGGGUCUGCUCCAGCGAUGUAAUCACGGUCGUGAGCAGGGGCAAGAGAUCGGGGGAAAACUUAUGGCGCCGUGGAAUUAUAUCUGA